AAGAAGAAGAGCGUAUUCACUUCCGUGUAAAAUUUCAUGAAUGACCACAGCUUCCCCAGUGUAGCUCGCUAACUAGUACCAACUUCGAGUAGUGUCGCUUGUUUGACAGCUGCCGCUACCGCCUGCUUGUUCUAAAAUGGAUUAUACUGCAACUCAAAGUGGGUUCAGACAGCGUAAGUUACAGCCCAGUAUGCGUCUAAGGAAUAGUCCAGGGGACAGUCCAGAUGGCAGUCAGCUGUUUGAGGAUACAAGCAGAGCUGGGCCUGGACCACAGGCAGGAUACAGAAACCAGCAGGCCGGCCCUCAAACUGCAGGAUUUCCUGGUCAGACCCUCCUGUCAGAGCCCAUGUCCAAUCUGGCCAUGGCAUAUGGCAGCUCGCUGGCAUCCCAGGGGAGAGAAAUGGUUGACAAGAACCUGGAUAGAUUCAUCCCAAUUUCCAAGCUAAAGUACUACUUUGCUGUGGACACAGUGUACGUCGGGAAGAAGCUGGGCCUUCUAGUUUUCCCAUAUAUGCACGAAAACUGGGAGGUGAGCUACCAGCAGGACACUCCUGUGGCUCCGCGCUUUGAUGUGAACGCUCCCGAUCUUUAUAUUCCUACCAUGGGCUUCAUCACAUACAUCCUGGUGGCCGGACUGGCCCUCGGCACACAGAGCAGGUUUUCACCAGAGCUGCUGGGAGUUCAGGCAAGCUCAGCUUUGGUGUGGUUAAUCAUGGAAGUCCUGGUGGUCCUCCUGUCGCUCUACCUUGUCACUGUAAACACAGACCUCACCACUAUAGACCUGCUGGCCUUUGCUGGCUAUAAAUAUGUUGGGAUGAUUGUAGGCUUAGUGGCGGGCCUUUUGUUUGGGAAGCCGGCAUAUUAUCUGUCUCUGCUGUGGUGCUGUGCUGCCAUCUUUGUCUUCAUGAUACGCACUCUGCGUCUGAAGCUGUUGUCAGAAGCAGCAGCAGAAGGGAAGCUAGUGAGAGGAGCCAGAAACCAACUGAGGAUGUACCUCACCAUGGCUAUAGCAGCAGCACAGCCCAUUUUCAUGUACUGGCUCACUUUCCACCUCGUCAGAUAAAAACUCCAGCACUUGCACAUAGAACUCGUCAUCUCACCUGACUAAAAUUUGAAAAAAGAAAAUAAACACAACAUACAUAUCAAAGAAGCUGGACUUGGAUGAAACACACAGCGACAUGAAGACUCCACGUACAUGUGGAGCUGAACAACACGCUACAAGACGACUUAGAGAAGAUGCGAGGCGUUACCGCCGUUUCACAGCACAGCCAUUUCAUUAGCAUUGCCUUUUUUAAGUCUUCGCAAUUUUGUAGCAAGAGCAAUUGGCUUUAAGUUUCUUUUUUUCUACUGUGUAAUUACUGCUUAAUUAUGUUUUUUGGGGGGGGGUUUUAGGAGUAUUUAUGUAUGUAUGUUUGUUUGUGUACAGCAAGAGUAUUAUUGCAAAUGUUUCAUGAGUGAUAUCUCUGAGCCAAGAAAAAGCGGUAACCUCAGACAGACCGUCCACUUAAUAAAAAGAACUCAAAUCUGGGUUUGAAAAUGAU